AUGCUUCCACCGAGUCCAGCUGUGCGGUCCACGCCGCGUGGGUGGGGCCUAACAAGACCUCAAGUCUACACACGGAUGCUCAAAGAGCCGAUUCGCUUUGCGCACUGCAAGGGGUGGGUUCAAAAUGCGACUUACCGCGGUGAGGCUGACGCGGGUGUCGCAUCAUUUUGCCUCCCCGAAGCCCCGAAGAACAGCGAAAAUACUCCCUAA